AUGGACAAUAUGACAAUAGUAAUAGAAACAGCCCAAACUGGAUUUCACAAUCAAAGAAUUGCUUUAGAGAAUGCUAUAGUUUUAUCUUGGUUUUUAGGCAGAACAUUGGUUAUUCCACCACCUUUACUUGGAUUCAGAAAAACAAUGCACCAAUUGGAAAAACUUUUGACAGAACUGAGACCAGAACCAGUAGAAAUUGUUUGUAAAGACGCUAAAGAAAAAUUUAAAUGUAUUAAAUUUCAUAAAUCUUAUACAUUUUAUCAAUGGGAUAAAUUAUUUGAUUUAAGUAUUAUCAAAGAAUAUAAUGUCAAGACUUUACCUGUAGCAGAUUACAGCGAGAAGACAUUAUUUAAGCUUUUAAAUAUAAGCGAUCCUGAAAACCAAGUUCACAAAUCAUUCAAAUAUCACACCAAUCAUUCACUUUAUGAGUCUGAUACUCCUGACGCUAAAAGGUUAAAAGAUAAACCAAAUUGGGAUUUCGAGUCUUUAAUGGCUCUUAAGAAUAACAAAAAAAAGCUUUUAUAUUUUGGUAGUUUGUUUGGAACAAAUAGAUUGAUCCUUGAUUCAAGUGAUGCUAUAACAUUCAGGGACAAAGUAAGAUCAACAAUGAUGCCAAAUAAUAAAUUAAUGUUGGAAGUUGUUGACAAAAUUGUUGAUAAUUUAGAUGGAUUUUUGAAUUUCAUAACGAUUCAUGCUAGACUUGGCGACAAUCGUUUUCGUAGAGAUAAAGAUCGUCAUCUCGCACAAUUUAUUGGUAAUGUCGGUAAUGAUUUCCCGAAUUUAUCAAGUUUUCAACAAAUUUCAUAUUCAAAUUAUUCAUGCAAAGCUCAACCUUAUAUCAACGAAAUUCCGAAAUUAUUUAUCGCUAGCGAUGUUAAGAAAGACGAUGAAUUGAUUGGUCCCCUUAUCGAAGCUUUCCCCUGUUUAUACAUGCUUUCGGAUUUUUAUCCUUUACUUGAACCUUAUAAGACACUUAAGAACCCAGUAGACAAUAAAAUAAUGUAUAAGUUUUUAUUACCUUUAACCGAUCUUAUGGUAGCUGCAAGAGCUUCAAAUGUUUACGCUCUGCGUUUUAGUACGUUUAGUGGAUAUUUAAAUAGAUAUCAUCUUUUUUUAUUAAAUAAUAAACUACAGUACUAUAAUUAA